AUGGAAGGUGUUAGAAGAGCUAAAGUGACUUGGAGCGAUGACUUAAGUCAUAAUUCUGAAGAGGAAAGAGAACGCGAACGGCAAGCGCAACUAGAACGGGAGUUAGCGCUUGUACCGGUGAAGCCGGUGUAUGAACCAGCCGAACUGCAAGCGCUGGUCUCCUACGUCAUGGACAUGACCACACUGUACGACCUGAGAGCGGAAGACUGGAAUGAGGAAACCAAAGCCGGGAUAGAAGACUGGAUCACCGAGCCGAAAGCGCUAAUACUCUGUGUAUAUUUCAAGGGCGAUAAGUUAAAGGCUGCUUCAGAUAUACCCUUGUCACCGGUUUAUGAUCUAACCUAUUUUGUUCGGCCACCGGAUUUUGUCUUUAAGGCUGAGAGCUUCCACGACGAUGUCGUGUUUGGCACGUUCGUUGAUUCCGUGGAAGCGAAUAUGAUUAAGCAGUUGGAGUCGGUGUUUGCUCCUUUCUUCUUUGCUGUUAACACGUGGCCGGAUAGUGUCAAGAGUGAAUUCUGCUCUCAAAUACAUACAUUUCUUGCGAAGUUAACUGACAUGUACUAUAAGAUGUUGGGCUUGACUGUCCUUUACAUCCCUCGGGAAGGUCUAAAUCUCACUUUUGAAAAGGCAAGCGCUGAUAGAGAGCUAGUAAAGCGGCUCGAGGGCGUCGUGGUUUAUUGGACGCACCAGAUUAAAUCUUGUAUUGAAGAUCAGUCGUCUGUUGCGUCGCAGAAGGAAUUGUUAUGUCCCAGUGACGAAUACGACUUCUGGGUGUACAGACAUGAGAACCUAAGCGCGUUACUGUAUCAACUGCGCAACCCAGCCGUAAAGCACAUUACGAAGAUUCUGGUGACCACACAUUCGACAUUUAUCCACCAAUUCCAGGCACUCUGCGACGAAAUCAAUCAGAAACUAAAAGAAGCGACGUCGAAUAUAGAGUAUCUUCAAGUGAUCAAGCAACCGUGUGCUAUACUCGAAUGCGUCGAUGACCCCGACGAGAUAGCUAACCACGUACCCCAAAUCAUUAACCUCUUCAGGUUCAUUUGGAUGGAGUCACCGUACUACAACUCGGAGACGCGGAUAACUAACCUCUUCAAGGCACUGAGCAAUCAGAUUAUAAUUCUAUGUAGGAAUUAUAUAAAGCUUGAAGAGCUCUUCGGUGGACAGACGAAGAAGGCGUUGGGCGAAUUCAGUAAAUGCAUAGAUUGCUGUAAGCGGUAUAGAGAGAUCUACGAAGUGAUGGCCGAAGCACAUAGCGACGUUAACCCUGGCAGCUGGGAAUUGGACAUCGGAGCUAUUUUUAACUAUAUCGACUCCUUUGUGCAACGUUGCUUUGAUAUGCUGGAUGUAUGUAAUUGCAUGAUUAUCUUUGGAAGGAUCGAUGAAAUGGAAGUCAUAAAUAAACCGAUGUUCGGAGGAGCGCGUGGCGAUCAAUUCGAGGCCAAGUGUGAUCAGAUUGAGCAUAUGUUCCACGACGCUUUGGACAACGUCAAAGCCGUAGCCGACACUAUUUUGGACGUCCAGGCGCCAUCUUGGUACGACGAUAUAUUGCAAUUCAGGACAGUCAUAAAGGAUAUUGAGAUAAUAAUUGAGAAUUUAGUCGAAACCGUAUUCGAGGGAGUGAACCACAUAGAGGAGGCGGUCGUAGCCUUGUAUUCUUUACACAACUAUUCUAAGCGGAAAAGUCUUAAACGAAUCUUCAAGAGGAAGACAGCUGAAGUGUGGGCCAUGUUUAGUGAUGAAGUGCAAGAAGCUAAGAAAGAAAUGGUUUCCGGGCGGGGACAAUAUCCCACGGAUCUGCCAUCUUUCUCUGGAAGGGCUGCUGUUCUUCGUAUGAGGAAGAAUAGACUCGCUUAUUUGAAAAAGGUGAUGACAGACGCUUCUGUGUGGCUCAUGGCUUGCAGCAACUCCGAAGACGUCAUUAUGCACGUGAACCGCCUCAUGGGCGCCAUUGAUGUAGCGAUUCGGGAACUCUUUAUAUCUUGGACGCACAAUUUGGACGAGAAAUGUGGAGCCGGCCUCAACAAAACUUUGAUGAGAAAGAGUGCUGAAAAUCCAGGUCUACUUGAGUGUAAUAUUGAUGUGAAUAUUCUGGAACUCUGCAAGGAAGCACAUCACUGGGAAAACUUGGGUUUAGAUAUACCUAUGCAUGCAUAUCAGGUGUACAAUAAAAGCAAGACAGUCUUCUAUGUUUACGAGAGUGUUCUGGCUGUGGUGAAAGGCUACAAUAAAAUCCUAGACUCGCUUUCAGACGAUGAGCGUCUCCUUUUCAAGCCACUAACUACGGUAUGA